AUGGCUACGAUGGGGGAGACGGAGCCGGAGACGGAGACGGCUGAGCCGAAGCCGAUCGAAGAAAGACAACCGACUCCGGAAAAAGCUCCAGACACAUCAUCUCUCAAGCGAAAAGCCGAAGACGAACCCCCCGAGGAAGAAUCUCCCAAGCGCGUGAAGCACAUCGACGAGAGCGACAGCAAAGAGCAGCCAGGUGACGAUACAGAGCGAGGCGAUGAUGCCGCGCCUUUGCAGCGACAGCCAUCAUCGCCCAGCCACGACCGCCGCGACGACGACAAUGGCAAGGAGGGCGCAUCGUCAACCGUCGCGGUAGAGGACCGGCGCAAGCAGGUUAUGCAGGAGGAGAAGCGGCGGGGCAAGCGACUGUUUGGCGGCCUUAUGAGUACCCUGAGCCAGACUUCUAACACGUCUCAGCAGCAGAAGCGCCGGCAGGAGAUUGAGCGCCGGCAGCAGGACCGCAUGCAGAAGCAGAUGGCUGAAGACGACCAGCGCAGAAGCGAGAGGCUGGAGAAGCUGCGCGCCGCGCGCAUGGCGGAUCAGAUUGUGUUUGAAGAAGAAGUGAUGAAGAAGAAGCACGAAAAGCGACUGGCCAUGGCAAGGUUCUUGCGGACCAAAGCGGAACCUGCAAUUUUCUAUCUUCCGUGGAGAACAACCUCCGCCCAGAAGGACAUCAUCGACGACCAAAUCGAAAAGGCGAGAAUCGCCAACGACAAGGAGGUGGAGCAGUUCAAGGCCCGAAAGCAGCGGCAUAUUGAGCGGUAUGGUCCCCCAACGAGGCAAAGAAGCGUGACCCCUGAUGAACCGGCUGCCGCGAGAGCGCCCGAGGGCGAGAGUCCCCCCCAAAGCCCUCGCCACAGCAGCGCCGAUAAGCCACAGGUACAGGAGCGAAGAGCGUCCUCAGACGGGCACAAGGGACACCAUGACGAGUUUGGUGACGACCUGGAGGAGGCAGAGGAGGAUAUGGUGAUUUACUGA